AUGAUGAAGAGAACAGGGCGAACGUUCGAUUUACCGAAAAUCCGCAGAAACAUGAAAGGACGUGGUCGUAUUUCGGAGACCAUGUGUUGUGGACAUUUCAGUGGAGUUGCGUAUGUGAAGCUUGUAUUGCUAUGGUUAGGUUGUAUUGCGCUUGAUUUAUUGAUUGGAUUUCGGUUUGAACUGUUAUAUCCAGUUUGGUUGCUUAUGCGCAGAUGCUACGAGUCAUUUCGAUUCCACGGUCUCAUUAGCACAUUACAUUAUUCUACUUAUUCUGUAUUCUUCGUGUGCGCUACAGUUACAACGGAUCUAAUAUGUUUUAUUUUUCUACCCUUCCAGCUGCUUUUCUUUCUUGCGAGUACAUAUGUGUGGAUUCUUCUAGUUUGGCAGACAGCAGAUCGAGGUAUUGGUUCAACUCAGUUUUUGCUAUGGUUUACUUUAAUAGCUUUCGAAUAUAACUGGCGUUAUCGUGGAGAUUCACCGUUACAGAUUUUAAAAGGUUCUUCACUCGCGUCAACACUGAAUUUUCUUACAGGCGGGUUGUUAGCGAAUUCGUUAGGACUACAAGAUGUAUCGAUUGGAGGUGAGAUAGUUGAAAGUGAUUUGUCAAAAGAUUGCUCUACAUCAGCACGGUUUUCAAACUCUGCCAGUGGUAUUCUGGAUAGUUUAGGUGUUGCUUUGAUGACGGCAUUUACACACAGUUCUUCCUUAUCGUCAGACUUCUGUCGUCCUUUUGCUGCUCACUGCAUCGGUUAUCCGGUUGUGACGCUUGGAUUUGGUCUCAAAACAUAUAUUAAACUUUGGCGAGUCAAAAGACGCCGACUUGAAGUUUCGCGUGCUAAUGAAGUAUACUGUAAGCUUCUAACGGAAGCGCUACCUAUGUUAUAUGAUGACCCAAAACUUUAUGCAAGGAGUAGUGAUACAAUAACGCAUGACCAAAUAGAAUAUGAAGCAGACGUUUCUCUAAGUGGUACUCAAAACUUAGCUAUUUGUGGAUCUUCUUCACCAUUAACGCAAACACAUCGCAAAAAUUCGCGCGCAGGAAUGGUGAGUAAACAAAAUUCGAAGCACUCAGGUACUUGUUCAAAAAAAAACACAGUCUCUGGUGGAUCUGCACCAGCGCGAAAGGGAAAGGUUGUGCAGGGAAGUAAUUGUGAUGAUGACAGUUCUAGUUCUGUGUCAUUGCUAGUAACAUCCAGGAUGUAUUUAUGGCGCAUAGUCUGGGAAGUUAUUUACGGAAUUGUUUUACAUAUUUUUGGUAUAAUUUUCGAAUCACCCUCAUUAGUAGUAGAUGAUCGAGUGUCACUUUCUUCAAAUGAAGUAGGAAGUGAUGAUGAAGUAAUAGAGUUAGAAGAAACCUCGUCUCAGCCAGAUGAUACUUCGCCUUAUUCAAAUCGUUUAAGUUCCAGGCAGCGACCUACCACCAGUUCUAAAAAAAGCAAAAUGUUGAUUCCGAGUUCAAGAAGUUUUUCUCAAGCAAAAGGUGGUCGUUCUCGAGGGCGUCAUUUACAAAAUCAUACAGACUGUGUGUUGUCGCCACUAACAUCAAGCAGUGCUUUAACUUCUACUUCUCUUGGUGCCAAUUGUGCAUUUAAUAAUAAUUUAUUAAAUCUGGCUGCUGGUAGUGUUCAACAGGAUAGGCAUAUGUACAGUUCUACAAGCAAUACAGCACUUCAAAGCAGCGGAUCGGCUGGUAAUGAAGUUGUUGAAAAUAGUGUGCCAUCCGGCAUGAGUGCUUCUGCUAAUAAUGGAAAAACAAGCGAGCAUUAUAUCAGUGAAACUUUGGAAACUAUGCGCAGUGAGUUACGAGCAGCACGCUCUCAGGAGACAGAGUUGCGCAGCAUUAUACAGCAGUAUGUUAUUGAAGAAAGACAGUUAAAGGGAGAAUUGCAGCAGCUAAAACUGAAACAGGAGCAAAGUGACAAUAAACUGGCAAGUCUAAUGAAAGCACGCGAACAAGAUAAAUCGGCCAUACAACAGUUGGAAAAAAAAUUAAUUGAUGCGCAGACAAAAAGAAAUGAAGUAGAGAAAGAGCUAAAUGCUGAGAGACGUAAGGCUAAAGAAGAGCAUGAUGCUGCACGAUUAGCUGCUGCUCAGUUUGUCAAAAAUUUUGAAUGCGGAGAGAUGUGUAAAGCUAGAAGAGCUGACAUGGAAAAGGAUUUGCGCAUUGUUCGGCGUGAACUAAAAAUUAAAGAAGAGCUUAUAAAUAGUCAUGAAGAGGAGCUAAGGCAAUUACGUUAUUUCAAAGAAAACAACGAUAUAAAGGAGCUUCAUGCAACUCUAAGAGCUAUUCGGGAGAAGAAUAUUCACUUGGAGAAGUCACUUUCAGCUGAAAAUCGGCUCAAACAAGAAUUAUUCCGCGCUUUAAGUGAAGCAAGAGGACAAAUGGCCGAAUUUCAACAGCAGUUACGGCUAAAAGACGCGGAUUUGCGUUCAAAACAAGCUGAAUUAAUGAAUUUGCGUGAGCGAAUUGGGGGUGAAACAGAUAAUGCAGCGAAGCUAUGUUCCGUUGGAGAUAAUCGCCCAUCAUUAUCCGUUAAAUCGCCUCGCUGUGUUUCAUCUGGUAGCUCAAUGUCACCAUCAAUUGUCACUGAUAUUAAUAGUGUUAUGAAAUCAUCGGUAACAGCAGAGCAACAAAUUUUCAAUACAGUUUUUAGGCCAUAUACAUUCAACACACAGACUUCUGAAGAAGAACAUUCUUUAUUUGAUAAUCCAAUAGCACGAUCUCCUCCUGCACCAUCGUGUCCAGUGAGUCGACCUUCAUCAUCCCGUUUAAGCAGUGUUUCUUCAGAUUCUUUUCAUUUUGCAGGCAACAGGUUUAGUCUAAAAUCAGGUAACACUGAUCCGUCGAGACCUUAA